CUGGGAAGGAUCCUCGAAAUAUAAUUGGCGUCGUUUGGGAUUAUCUGGUCAGAAGCAAGGUGUUUGGAGAGCGUUCCAAUUAUUUGAAACAAUAAUUUCUAGUAAGUCGUUCCUGUUGUACUCUUCUUGCCAGAUCUUGGUUUCUUUUCUCUGAGUUAGUAGUUGGAACAAUUUCCAGAGUGUCAAUCUCUCUUAUCCCAAGAUGGGGAAGGACUACUACAAGAUAUUGGGAGUGUCUCGCGAUGCUUCUGAGUCGGAUAUCAAGAAGGCCUAUCGGAAGAUGGCUUUGAAAUUUCACCCCGACAAGAAUAAGGAUCCUGGUGCUGAGGAUAAGUUCAAAGAGAUAUCUGAGGCCUACGAAGUGCUUUCUGACUCCGAUAAACGAGCAGUGUACGACAAGUAUGGAGAGGAAGGCCUGAAAGCUGGCGGUGGUGGUGGUGGUAGUCCAAGCGGACCUGGAGCCGACUUUGGAUCGGCGUUUGGCAAUGGUGGAAGAACGUUUACAUUCACGUCAUUUGGCGGAGAUGAUGCACGCGCUACAUUCAGCCGUGUGUUCGGCACAGACAACCCAUUCGCCUCUUUGUUCGGUGAUGGCUUUGAUAUGGAUACAAGUGGUUCUCCUCCCCGUGGCUCAAUGAAUGGAGGUGCAUCUCAGUUUCAGAGUUUCGGUAUGGGCCCUGGUCUUGGUGGUGCGUUCCAUCCUGCCGCUAGUGGUAUGCCCGGCUAUGGCCAGCGACAAAGGCAGGGAAGUCCACCUGCUCAAGACUCUACUGUCACCCGCAAUCUGCCACUCACCCUCGAAGAGCUAGCAACAGGAUGUACAAAGAAGAUGAAGAUCAGCAAGACUAUCACCAAUGAGUCUGGACAGGAGCGUGUCGAGGACAAGAUUUUGACCGUUGACGUGAAGCCGGGCUGGAAAGCAGGAACGAAAAUCACCUUCCCGAAAGAAGGUAAUCAGCGCCCCGGUGUUGUUCCCGCAGAUGUGGUGUUUGUUGUUCAAGAGAGAUCACACACGUCUUUCAAGAGAGAAGGGAAUGAUAUCCACUACACGACAAAGCUAAUGCUAAAGGAAGCUCUUCUCGGCUGUACGGUGAAUGUCCCGACUUUAGAGGGGCGGUCACUGCGCAUGACUUUGGAAAACCCCGUGUCUCCAUCGUACGUUCACCGUGUGCCAAACCGGGGAAUGCCCAAUAGCAAGACUGGCGGCAGAGGAGACCUUGUUGUGAAUUUUGAUGUUCAGUUCCCGAAUCACCUCCAAGCAGAACAAAAGGCUGCUCUUCAACGAGUCUUAUAGCAUGCUUUUGCCACAUAUACCAACUUGAUACUCAAAUUCAUACCAUCUUUUGUUAGAAACUCUCAACUUGAUAUAAAGAAAAUAACUUCUUUCGACUUGUGUACAUAUCAAAGAACUCUACAUCAUAAUUAUGCUGUUCAUCAAAGAAUUGCCCGAUUGUAUUUCGUCAAGAAAAUAUCAGCUCAUCAAAUGUCAAUUUAAGAAAUCAUCAAUGAUCGACCUGCACAUAGUCUUCAAUAUAUUCUCAGCUAUUUUUACUUGAUGUUUCCGUCUCGCUAGAUAUACCAUUAAUCUUAUGUACCGUGACUUAUCAAAUCUUCAAUGAAUCUGGGUUCAAUAAUCAA